AUGCAGGACUCCACAGGACCCAGGAUUGCGCACCAAUUCGUCCAAGGUCUGCAAGUCAGUGACCCGAGAUACGAUUUAUGGGUCUAUGGCGCGUUCCUCGUGGAGGUUCCUCGGCGAAUUGGAGCCAAUGCUGCCCUCGACGCUGCAGCUGAGAGUUUCUCUACCGCUCUACCGGUCCUGCGUACGAAGGUCGUCUGCGAAGACAUGCGGGCGAAGUACAUCGACGCUCUGGCUGCGCUGAGGACUACACUCAACAGUCCAACUCUAGCAAGUAGCAGUUGCACUCUUUGCGCAAUCUUCCUAUUGGUGAUCACGCAGUAUUAUUUGGGCAUCAGAGGUACGCAAACAGCAAGCCACUCAAACGGUAUUCUCCAAGUCAUCCGCUACGCGUCGAUGAACGAAGCGAAGAGUGAAUUCGAUCUGGGCUUGUUGAAGGCGAUGUGUUUUGACGUCAUAUUCGACGGUCUCUUCAAUCCCGCGAUCGAGCCAGACGAGCACUUCUACCAGCUCAUUGAAAGUUGGGAGAUUCGCCGACUGGAAGUGCCUGUGCAGCAACUAUCAAUUACUCAGCACAACAAAAUGAGUAGACCCAUUGACAGCCUCAGCCUUCGCAAUCUCGCAAGAUUACUCCCUUCCGUGCAUCGACCAUCUUUGCACAACACUGAGCUCCGGUCCACUUACCAGAUGGCGCUUCGCGAUUUAGCAACGGUGCGAGAUCGAGUCAAGAUCGCACAGCGAAUGCUCGACCGAAAACGGGACACUGAAGCCUCAGCAGAGGUGAAAUGCCUGAUUCUGCACCAAACCAUGCACGGCCUCCUGCUAGCAGUAUCUCUGCUCGUCAACGGCAUCCUUCGUGCACUAGGACAAUCUACAUCGCUCCUCGCUGCCGAGUCCACUCAACUUACCCAGGAAGUUUUGGAUCUCGCGACGGCUUGCUGCCGGUACAGACCUCUGGGAGCAAGCUAUAUACCUCUGUGCCUGCUGGUCGCGUGCGCCGUCUCGGAAGCUGAAGAUUUGAGGCCUCGCCUGGCAGAGCUGCUUGAGGACUGGCAGGCCGACUUUUCGGCAAAGGGGUACCUGGAGGGGGUGGGCUGGUUGCGUACACGGCUUCGCGAUAUUCGAUAUGGGAGAGAAGACGUUCUGGUUGAAGGUUACGAUUGA